AACUUUCUCAGGAGCAUGGCGACGCUAAACCCUGUUGAGGGUGAAAGAUUACUGACAGCCAUGGUGGGCAUGGACCCUGUCGAUAAAGAGAACUUGCUGAGGAGAAUCGCGCUCAUGGACGUUGUCAAUCGUAAGCAAGUACUGGAAAGCAUCGCGGGCAUGGAGCUAAAUGAUCGUGGGAAGAUGCUUAGAAGUAUGGCCGACAUGGAAUUAGAGGAACGUGAAGACUUGUUGUGGAGCAUCGUGGGGAAGGAUGAGGAUGAUCGUAAACAAGAACUGGACAGCAUCGGGCCGCUGAACACUUUGGAAGAUGCUGUAAUACUGAAAACCAUUAAGCGCAUGGACGCUGCAAGUGGGGAACAAGUACGAGAAAUCAUCGCGGGGAUGAAUGUAAUCGAACGUGAAAACUUGCUGAGGAGCAUUGCGUGGAUGGAUGAGGAUGAUCGUAAAAACGUACUGCACAGCAUUACGGGCAUGGGCCCAGUUGAACGUGUAAACUUCCUGGGGAGCAUCGGUAAGAAAAUUGAUUGUCAUUUC